AUGUGCGAUCCAAGCUACGCGUCGAAAAAAGGAUCGAAAGAAAUUGACGGGGAUCAGGACUCUGUCGCAACGCCAACUACGUCCGUUAGCCUACAUUCAGCUGCUGACAAUUCAAGGAGGGCUACAGUUCUCCUUCAGACUGCGACGGCUAUGCUGUCAGGAGAAAUCUCUACGAUACUUGCCAGAAUCAUGUUUGAUGGCGGGAGCCAGCGGUCCUUCAUAUCAAGGAGGAUGGCGAAGAAACUGGGGUGCAAGUAUUUGGAGACCGAGGAGCUUACGGUUGAAGUGUUUGGAGGCCACCUCACAGAACGGAGCUUCAGGAGAGUACGAUUGUCAAUGAGCAGUCGUAAUGGAGAAAAGAGCUUCGAGAUUGAAGCAUUGGAAACCGACAGCAUUUGCGAGCAGAUUCUUCCGAUGAUUGACAAAGAUAUACAAGGCAACCUGAACGACAAGAAUCUGGAGCCAGCUGAUGUUAUUCAGACCGAUUCCAAAGAGAUCGCAGUGCUCAUAGGAUCCGACUAUUAUUGGGAAGUCGUCAGCGGGAAGGUGGAAGACCUCGGCAAGGCACUGAGGGCCAUCGAAACGUCCUUCGGUUGGUGUGUUCAGGGUCCCAUCCCGACAGGCGGAAAUGUUGUACACUGUAACAAGACGGUAGUGCUGCGGACGGUGACGCAAGAGCGGCCACUGGAAGAGCUCGUGACAAAGUUGUGGGAUUUGGACAGCCUGGGAAUACGUGAGACAGAAAACGAUGAUACGAGGGAUAACGACGUUGUAACGUCGUUCAUGGAGACUGUGGUGAAGGUCGAAGAUGGCUAUCAAGUAUGCCUACCGUGGAAAACGGAAGUGGAUCUGGAGAGCAACGAGGCCGUCGCCCGAAAGCGACUUCAUCAACUCCUGAGGAAGCUUACACGUGACUCACAGCUCAUGAGCGAGUAUGACAACGUCAUACGGCAGCAGCUACGCAGCGGUAUUGCGGAGGUGGCAAGCCCAUAUCAAUCAUCGCAGGGCAGGACGUACUACAUGCCCCAUCAGGCGGUAGUCAGAGAAGGCGCCAGCACGACAAAGCUGCGGGUCGUAUUUGAUGCCUCGUCACACGAUGCCAAGGCGAAGUCACUGAACGACAAUUUGGAAAGUGGCCCCAACUUGAACUGUGACCUAGUGGCAUUACUGCUGAACUUCAGGAAAUAUCGGGUGGCUAUGGUCGCUGACAUCGAGAAGGCCUUCUUACAGAUUGGCAUCACCGACGCUGACAGAGAUGCACUAAGUUUUCUGUGGCUGAAGGAAGCUCCGACACACGAUCAACCUUUGCCAGACAUCGAAACGUACAGAAUGACCAGGGUCCCUUUUGGAACCACGUCGAGCCCCUUUCUACUGGCAGCUACAUUACAACACCACCUGCGGAGCCUGGAAGACGAAUACCCCGUCACGUGUACGUUGCUCAGCGAGUCACUGUACGCUGACGACCUUCUGGUUGGAGCAGCAGAUGAAGGAAGUGCCGAGAAACUUUACCGUGAGGCGAAGAGCAUAUUCCAAACUGCUUCUAUGAAGUUGCACAAAUGGGAGUCCAAUAGUCCGACCAUGAGGAACUUGUUUGAGGAGGAAGCAACAGCAGCGAUGCCACAGGGUCAAGUGGCGGGUGUACUGAAAGUUCUUGGAUUAUCUUGGAAUCCCGCGACGGACAACCUGACAUUCGCAGUGGACAGUGUCAGGCAGAUCUCCGAGCAACGUAAAGAUACGAAACGUUUCGUACUACAGACAGCAGCAAGGCUGUAUGAUCCAAUGGGAUUGAUUUCGCCAUUUCUCGUAACCGCUAAACUCUGUUUUCAACGCACUUGGCGACUUAAACUUGGAUGGGAUGAAAUUCUACCAGAUGACAUCAGACACCAAUGGGCUGACUGGUGCGACGACCUAAGACAUUUAUCGCGGAUACAAGUACCGCGAUUUUACGAGUAUGGCUCAAGUGACGUCGCCGACAGCAGAGUGCUGCACGUCUUUGCGGAUGCAAGCACCGCAGCCUACGGCGCGGUAGUGUACCUGUGCGUAAGGGACUUAACAGGAAGGACGACGACGACACUGGUUCUGGCGAAGUCAAGAAUCGCUCCACUAAAACAACUGACGCUGCCCCGUCUAGAGCUGAUGGCGAGCCUCGUGGCAUCACGCCUAUUUCAGUACAUCGGCGGAAACCUCAAGCUUGACGUUAGCGGCGUGCAUUUCUGGACCGACAGUAUGAUCACACUCCAUUGGAUCCAGGGCGAUGCAGCAAGAUGGAAACCAUUCGUAAGGAACCGAGUGACCGAAAUUCAAAAGAACAGCGAUUCGCAUCCUUGGCACUACUGUCCGAGCAAAGAGAAUCCCGCUGACUUAAUGACCAGAGGAAUAUCAGCUCAACGACUGAUCGAGAGUCAGUUGUGGUGGAAGGGACCACCGUGGAUCGUCAGCGACGAGAGCUCAUGGCCAGGAAGGCCCCCAACGACACGGUUUGCGUCCGAAGAACUUGAAGAAAUGACAUCAAUCCCAGGUGUUAACCACAGCUACUUCAACAUCCACAGUACCGGUUUUACUUGA